CGACGAAUUCGUAUAAAAACCCGGCGCCCACUCGCUCGUCCAACUGUUUAUCCAAAGUUUUUUAUCAGCGACUACAAUGUGUCGUUGUCUUGGUGUUGUGUUGAGCUGCGUCCUUGUGGCAUGCCACGUUGUAGGCGGCCGCGUGGAGAUUCCGGAUGAUUACGACACGGAACCGGUUGCCAGCAGGAGCAGCGAUAACCAGCUGGCUUUUGUCGACUAUGGCGAAGCGCCCGCGUCGAUGCGUGCGGCGGCCAACGGGCUGACGAUUCCCGUGGAUUAUCCCGAUGGUUCGUCAUCCUUGGAUGGGGAUGACGAAGAGGGCUCCCCAUCCGCGCCACGCAUUAUUAAUGGUAAUCCGGCCCCCGCCCACGAGUUCAAGUUCAUCGUCAGCCUCCGCAAGAACGGACAGCACAUCUGCGGAGGCUCGCUUCUGGCCGAUUACAAAUCGGUUAUCACCGCGGCGCAUUGCGUUUACAAAUAUGGCUUUAAGACGCCCGCCAGCAUCCUGACAGUGGCAGUAGGCAUUCGUCGGCGUUCCGGUGUAGACGCCUCCCAUGUUCUGCAAGUCGGCCGGGUCAGCGUACACCCGUCCUACGACGAAGACAGCAUCCGCAACGACAUCGCCAUCCUGCACCUGUCGCAGAGCGCCGCCGGCAUCAGCCAGGUCGCCACCGUCAAACUGCCGCCGGCCAACCGCGAGCCGGCCGUGGGCACCCUCCUGCACACCGCCGGUUGGGGCGCCACCGCCACCGGACUGUACCCGGGGACCGGCGCGGAGACCCUGCUGAAGACCACGCUGAAGGUGGUCGACCGGCAGCGCUGCAGUCGGGUGUUCGGCAGUGUGCCGGAAAGUCAGAUCUGCACCGAGAACGACCGCUCCGGAACGUGCAGCGGCGACAGUGGCGGUCCCUUGGUCAACCGGCGCGGCGACGGCGACUACCUGGUGGGAUUGACCAGCUACGGCGUCAAUGGGUGCACGCUGGGCACGGCGGACGCCUUCACCAAAGUCAGCCACUACAGCGACUGGAUCCGGCAGACGGCCAACGGGGAAUCCCCUGCUGGCGGCGGUUCUCAACCCGAUCCCAGUCCUGGCGGUGGCGGAAGCGGUGGCGGCUCGACCGGCAACUGUUUCCUGCUGGGCACCACGUUAUUCUGUCAGGGCGGCGGAGGGAUCGGUGGCGGGAUACUGCCUGGCGGAUCCGGGCAGCAGUGCUACAUUAUCAACGGCCAGAUCCACUGUAUCAGCAGUAACCCGGUGCUGUCCGGAUCCCGACAGUGUCUGGUGUACGGCAGCCGCAUUUAUUGUUACAGCGGUUAAGACAAAACGAUGUCCUAGAAUUUAGGUAUCCCGGUGGACGCAGCCGACCUUCAUAGACUUACUGGUUAGCUACGCCACAUUGAGAUUAUCAGCUCAUAUUCUGUCGUUAAGUAAGGUCGGCUGGAUAGAUUAUUACGGUAAUUAUUCCUAUCGUAAUGGUCUUUCCGCAAGUUCUAAGCAUUAUUGUUGUCGGUUUGCGAGAUAUUUAGCGUUUCCCAGUGGGUCUGGAUUCAAAGCUCUCAGUUCUGUACAUGUACAAUGAUAAACACUUCUUAA